UGAUUUAUUUUAAAAAAGUCAGGAUUUAACAAUGCCAACUCCAUCUGAAACCAAGAGCUCCUUCGAGUCUCAAAUUCUCAUUUUUCCCAAGAUCAAUGCACAUUCAUCAUCUUUCAAUAUAGCAAGCUGGACGUUGAUGGUGCCACUUUGAACAUUGGGUACUAAAAUUAAUGCUUAGCUUUUUUUGUAAAUGUUCUACACUGAAUAAAAAUGUAAAAAGUUCAUGUAUUUAUUGAUUUUUGAUCCAUUUCUGGAGUCAAGCACUAACUGAUUCUGAUUCUUACUUCUGAACCAGGAGUGUGCGCAGUAUUAGAACAUUAAAAAGAGGGAAAAGAGAUGUUUAUGGAUAUUAUUCAACUCCGAGAUCUAGAAGUAUGGACGUUCUAGAUACUCGGUACAUGGGUACACCAGGUACACCAGUAUACACUACAGGCAGGUCUAGAAGUCUGCCAAGAAAACUGGACUGGGAGCUCAUGGAAUUAGAGAGGGAUGGACUUGAUAUGGAUGGGAGAGGGAGGGAUGGACUUGAUAUAGAUGGGAGAGGGAGGGAUGGACUUGAUAUAGAUGGGAGGGGUAGGGAUGAAAUGAAUACUGAUGGGAGAAGGCGUGAAGGAUCAAAAAGAGAAGGAUAUUGGCAGGGGGCAUACUCGGAUACUACCAAAAGAAGAGGGUUGUCCAGACAUGGCAUCACUUCGUCCUACGAGUUUGAAUCUUUUCAUCUGACGAAGGAAGAAGCCUCCGAUAUACGGGGAAACAAACCUUCAGAUUCUUUUACUGGAGGAAGACGAAUUUCUCCAAGUCUCCGGAGACGAGCCUCCAACCCUAAUCAGAGCCAGGAGACAAGAACGGAGACGAUUAAAAGAAGAAAACAUCCAAAUCUUGAUAUAUUUGGAACCGCAGAGUUUAGAAAACAGUCCGAAUCAAGGAGUGAAUCCCUAAGUAGAAAAAAUUUAGUAGUUAACUUUCAAGAUCUCAUUCCCAGGCCUAAACUUAAAGUAGAAGAUGAAACUGAUGUACGUGAACUAGUCGCUGAAGAUACAUACUACCGAGAUCGGUUGAUAAAGAGAAAUAAAACAAUGGAUGAGGGGGAUUACAUUGAAAAACAUAUAGAUACUAGCGCACUUGAACAUUUUAAUUCUAAAUCACUAGGUCCUGGGACAAAGAUGGAAAAAAUAGUUAGUUACAAGGAUUUUAUGGAGACCAGUAACAAAUAUAUUGAUAUCUUGGAGCCGGUACUAGGUUUCAAGGAUAAAAUGGCGUCGAAUGAACAAUAUAUGGAUAUGGGACUCAAUGUUAGAAGAAGAGAGGGCAAUAUUGAUGGAUUCAAUAAGAAUCAGUUGGAUGAAGUUAUAAGAAAAGAGAGUUUAAUUCAGCCUGAUAAUUUCCUUGGAGAAGUUCGAGUUCACACUGAUAAGGUUGGGAAGAGUGGUGAUGAUGAGUACAAUGUACCCAACCCUGUAUAUCCAACCUUUACUAAGAGUGGUGUACUCACCAAAUCUGAUAUUAUUACAAUGUACUGCAGGGAGCGAUAACUACAUGCCAACACAGCAUACAUCCACUGCAUACUAGACAGAAGAAGAUUAAAUUUUUGCGACAUUACUGGUACAACUUUGGAACCUCGUUGCUCCUCUAUUUUCAUUUUACGCUCAAUUAUGAGCAAAGCAAUAUUAAUAUAAUACAGCUAUAUUACAUAUUUAUAUUAUUUUUGAUUGAUUUCACCGAUUGAAUCUACACGAGUUAGUCCUAUUGCAUUGUAUAAUUAAUAUGUUAUGUAUCUUUUUCGUGUUGAUAACUUUAAACCUUUUUGUCUUUUCUUGUGAGUUGUUGCUGUCAAUCAUUCAAGUAAAUAUGUAUUAUAAUUAUAUAUGCAUAUAAUACUAUAUAAAUAUAUACAUUUUAUAAAUAUUUUGAUUUAUGACAAAUACUAAUUGAUCGCUAAGUUCUGUUCUUUUUUAAAAUCUAUUAUGUAUUGCAAUGAUAACCAGAAAACUGUAGAAUAGGAAGACGACAUUAAAGCAAAACUGAACAUUAUUUGAUGUUGUUACAAAGCAGAUAGCUUUACUAGUAAGUUAUUUAAUCACUUCUCAAAUGAAAUGAACCUGUUUACACUGCACAAGUGAUGGGCCUCAUGUUUAUUAGACUACUUAAAUUCAUAACUUGAGCAUAAACGUCGUCUUCCUAUCUCAGAUUUUGCUGGUUAUCCCUGUAUAAAGUUUAAGUAUUAUGUAUAUAUUCAAUGUAGUUUAACAAACUUUGUUUUGUCUAGAAGUUAAUUUUCCUUUACGAGCAAAACCAAAAGAUUUUUUUUUAUGUAAAAAUUGUAUCAUUCGUUUUUGGGCAUUUUGUCGU